UUAACGCCGUGGGAAGCCGUUGGUGACGUCACGACGCGAUCAUACGCUACAGAGUCACAUGAAUCGUUUCACCGCUUCUCCUGUAAUUUCUGCCUUUUUUGCGCAGAAAAGUCUUGUUGUAAAAUUUUAAUCUGCACUAUAAUCUGCAGUUAGUCUUGAAUAUUCAACAUGGACGAGGACGGGCUGCCGAUUGUGGGGUCUGGAGUUGAUCUUACCAAGGUUCCUGCUAUUCAGCAGAGAAGAAUUGUUGCUUAUCUCAACCAGUUUGUUGUUCACACGGUUCGGUUCCUUAAUCGCUUUUCAACAGUUUGUGAAGAGAAACUUGCAAACAUAUCCCUUCGCAUACAGCAGAUUGAAACCACACUGUGCAUUUUGGAGGCGAAGCUGUCCUCCAUCCCUGGACUGGAGGACGUCACGGUAGAUGGAGUCGGUCAGCAGCAGACUGCUCAGACGCAAGGGCCAGCCGCUGCCAGUCAGAGCCAGGCAGAUGGUCCACCAGCGGGGACCCUGCCGCCCCCAGAGCCCACUCAGAGUGCACCAGAAGCUGCAACGACACAGAAAGCAGAAGCUGCUGCAGUGAAUGUUAUGACAGUGGCCAAGGACCCACGUUACGCCCGAUACUUGAAAAUGGUUCAAGUGGGUGUUCCAGUUCAGGCCAUAAGGAAUAAAAUGACCCAAGAGAACUUGGAUCCCAACUUGCUUGACACACCAGAUGCCCCCGUGCCUGAUGGAGGAAUAAGGAGCGCAGAGGACGAAGAUGCCGAUGCCAACAGUUCUGACAGUGAAUCUUCUUUCAGUGACUGAGAUCUCCAUUCUGUUCUCAUCACCAUAAAGCUUCCUGUACAGGCCAUCCGAGCUUCUUUAAACCUGUACUCACAAGGUGAAGUAGGCUGCAGUCUGCCUAUAAAGGAGUAUCAGCGAGACUGGUGGAUGCAACUCAUCGCAGAUGUAUUAUAGGCGCCUGAAACAGGAAAAUCUACCGUGUGUGAUUGUAAUUUCAGUGUGAAAGAGCUGAAAUGUUUCACCUAUUGGUCAAUUGUGACCUCCUCGAUUUUGAUACAUCAUUAGCAUUUUGAGGAAGGAGUAUUUUUUCAAAAAGGGGGGGGGGGGGGGGUAAUCCUCUCAGUUCUAUGACAAGCAGAUUGUGACAGUAGCAAGUAGAUAUUCUGUUAAACUUAUCAUUUAGUAGUUAUUUUUCUUUAGUCACCGCUACUAUCACAGUCUAAUGCCUUUAACAGAUGCACUCAUCAGUUGGAAGUCUCUUUUUUUGUUACAGGGUCCAAAUAGAAAAUAAAUGUAUGUUGGAUAUUUUAAAUGUUGAAUAUGUACAUUGUAAUUGUGUGUGUGUGUUAACGCCAGGGAGAAAAAUAUCACAGUAAUCUCCCAGAAAUAUCAAUAUACAGUAUAUCAUAGUAGUUCUUUGAUAGGAAGGAAGAUGUUACAUUGAACUGCAAAGUAACUGGAAGUUAAAUUGGCUUUUUUUUUUUUUACCUGCCGUUAUUCUGGCAUAUUUUGACCUUUCACAAAAUGCUUGAAAUACCCGUUUCUUCCCAUUUUGACACAGCGACUAUGUGCAAAAAGAAAUGAUUUUUAUGUUAACUUAUGAGAAAUAUUCAAACAAAAGUAAUAAAUUGGUGUCUUAGUACAAGUACAAGUCACAGUGGAGGAGCAUCAUGCUUUUCCAGUGUUUUAGCUUGUUUUCAGCUGUGUAGAAAGUUAGACGUUUCUCAUUAAAGUGAUCUCAAAUAGGUACAUUCAGCCCAAGGACUCUAUUACUUGAUAUUUGUAACUGAGACGGCAAAAUUAUGAGUCAAGGUUUAUCAUACAGAUAAGAAAACUAUAUGAUGCAGCCAGCAAUGACAGAUGAUGAAAAAUACAUUUUGAUAUAUUGCCUUGUCCUGCUUUAGGUCCUUCCACAGCUAAUGUUAUUCCAACAACAUUUUUCAUUGUCUGAGAUUUCAUGCAAGGUAUAUCAGUGUGUUGCACACUUGCACUAAUGGGAUAAAUCAAUGAUAAUCACCAUUCGUCAGAAAAAGGUAAAUUGCAGGUUUUGGUGAUUUUCUUAUGUUGGUCUACAUGUCUGCAAAUGUAUAAUACUGAAGUAGAGAAACAGUGCCAAGAAUGCUUAAGCACAAAAAAAAAUCUUUGAUAAGAUUUCUAUGAAUGGAUAUUACACUAUACUGACUGUGAAAAAGUGAUGAGAGUACUGGAAAGCACUUUGUUUACAAAAGCGAGGAGUUUUGGAUCUGUGAUUUUGCCUGUAAUAAACACUCAAACAUUUGCUUUAAAAAAAAGAGUAUGUUUAUUAUUCAGCUCAGCAGUGUACAUUAUCUCUACAGUACAUAAUAUCAAGCAAAACAGAGACAAUACAAAAUAAAUGAUUUAAAAAAAUAUUUUUCCCUUGUUAAUACAUUAUCUGUAGUGAAAAAGUUAAUCUCUGGUCAUAUGACUCCCAUUCUGUCCACAUUACUGCAUACAUUACAGCAAAUGAUUUUCUCUUUUCAGAGAAUACUGUGUAAUUUCUGCAGAGUUCAAUCACCAAUUCUUGACUAAAUAUAAACAGUGAUGCUCCAAACGUACUGGCCACUGAUGGACCAACAGACACCACGAUGCAAAAAACUGAGCAGUUUUCUUAACGACUGAGAGGAACACAUUUGAAUUAACUAAAAUCCCUGAACCAGCCAGGCAGUAUUUCACAGUUUUUCUCAUGUCAAUGUUACCAAUUAAUCCCAAAAUCACAAAUUUGAAGGUUUCUACAGUCUGUACAGCAUUAAAUUUAAUUUUGUAUUCAGAAUUAGCAGAAUGCUUUGACGCAGUGGUUCCCUACCUGGGGGUCAUGACCCUAAAUAGGGGGUCACAUGCUUAAUAAAGAGAUAAUAAACAAAAUAAAAAAUAUUUCUGUUACAAAAAUUUUCUAUAUUUCUCAAAUAAUUUCCUUUUUCUUGUAAAUAGUACAUACUUUUGUCUCUGAAAAUCCUAUAAAUUACACAAUUUGAGAAGAGAAAAUAAUUUGGUUGAACUGCUUAAAACUCAGGUCCACACUAAAGCUAUAACCUGUGAUGAGGAAGUAGGCAAUGAUUUGUUUUUAGGUCUAAAGUCUGAAAUUAAAUUGCCUUUUUUGUCUACUACAGCAUAUAUAUUGGCUCUGUAAGUCACUUGUCCUGUGCUCUCCUUUGAGAAAAAAUCAGAAACCAAAAGGGAGAAAUUUAUAUUUUAAAUUCUUUGAUUUCAUGAUUGUGUCCCUUUUAUAUUAUUUUGAUUGAAUACUGUUCGGCCAUCGACUUACAGUACAUAGCUGGAGACCGUAAUUUAAUACAGCAAAUCAAAUCUUGAAUAAACGUGGCUUUCUGUCACAAGCAGAGCAGGCGGUCACACUGAGCCUGAUUGCAUCAUGCUACACAACACGAGAGCCUCAGACUCUGAACAACAACCCACAUUAGCUUUCCUGCUAAAUUCUCCUUCUUAUCUAAAUUACAAACAUGAAUACAG